UGUAUAAGGUCAAGUGAGCACACCAUUUGUCUUUAUCAAACUCCCAUGCUACAUUAGAGUACCUUCUAACUCACGUAUGUGCUACGAUAGAGAGAUCGAAGACACUAUCGACCUAAUACUAAUACAUAUUACGACUUGCUAUAAUAAUGUUGGCUUGGUCAACAAGUUCUAUCCAUGCACGACCUGUCUCCCAUUUCGAGAGGAGCGUCUCACGUUACCAUGUGGCCUAUACAUAAUUAGUCUUCAUCUACAUGUGUAAUUAUACUGUAUGUGAAAUUUGAUCCUCACGUAUAAAUAAGACUGGAAAAACUCAAGGUUCAGUGUGUUUACAUGAGGCCUUUUGGUAUCUCUGCGAUACGUAUCCUUCCCAAGACCUGUGUUCUAUUCUUUGAAGCGCAAUGGCAUCAACAAACAACGACGGCGAGGAGGAGCAGAAGAAAAAGCCAUUUUUCUACUAUGUCAAAAGAAUUUAUCCCUUUUUCUUGUGCUUUGUGGAAAUUCCCAUCCUGACAUACAACAGCAUACCCUGCCCAGUCAGCCCUGAACCAUUCAGUAUAUCUCCAGUGCAGCCAUCAUUUGAAGUAAAUUCUGCCUUGACAAAAGCGAAGAGAAUUAUUGAUGGGGAAUUGGACAGACCCCACUCCCUCGUAGUAGACAAAGAUCACUUGUACACGGGGACUCAAGACGGUUUUGUGAACGACGUCUGGAAAGGAACGGUGCGCCCACUUGCACACUUCGGGAAGCUGAACUGUGUAUGA